AUGGAAUGGAAAGCCCUUGCUGGAUGCUAUCACUGCGAAAAAUCAAGGAAUUACUGUGGGUUCAACACCACAAGUAAUUCAACAAUUUGUGUCAAACAAAAACACUUUCAAGGUAAUGGAUUAAUACUUGGAAUUAUUGGAGGAAUUCUCUUCCUUGCAUUCGCAUUCGUGGUAAUUCUAAUUUACAAAUACAGGAAAUCUAGAAAUGAAAAACAAACCCAAUUGAAAGUGGAGAAGUUCCUUCGAGACUACAAGGCUGUCAAUCCAACCAGAUAUACAUUCCGUGACCUUAAGAAAAUAACCAGUAAGUUUAAGUACAGACUUGGCCAAAGAGGUUUUGGAAGUGUUUUCAAAGGUAAACUCUCUAAUGGAAUUCCAGUUGCUGUUAAAAUGCUGAAACAUUCAAAGACAAAUGGUGAAGAGUUCAUCAAUGAAGUGGCGACAAUAGGUAGGAUACAUCAUUUUAACAUUGUUCACCUUCUAGGAUUUUUCUCAGAAGGGGCACGACAUGCUCUUAUUUAUGAGUUCAUGCCCAAUGGAUCUCUUGAGAAGCUCAUCUUCUCAAAAAUAAACAACUCAAAUCAUCGACUAUUGAGUUGGGAGAAGAUGCUGAACAUUGCAAUUGGUGUUGCACAUGGAAUAGAGUACCUGCAUCAAGGAUGCGACCAAAGAAUCCUUCAUUUUGACAUCAAGCCUCACAAUAUAUUACUAGACCAUAAUUUUCAGCCAAAAAUUUCAGAUUUUGGGCUGGCCAAGCUAUGCUCAAAGGAAAAGAGUAUUAUAUCAGUGACAACUGCUCGAGGAACGACGGGCUAUAUUGCUCCAGAGCUUUUUUCUAGACACUUUGGAGAGGUGUCUUACAAGUCUGAUGUAUUUAGCUUUGGGAUGAUGUUACUAGAAAUGGUUGGAUGUCGAGAGAAUUUUGACUUUAACAUCGAAAAUGCAAGCCAAGUUUAUUUUCCUGAGUGGAUAUACAACACAAUGAGCCAUGGAGAAGAGCUUUGCUUAGAGAUUGAGGAAGGUGGAGACGAGGAAAUAGCCAAGAAGCUUGCAAUUGUGGCACUUUGGUGCAUUCAAUGGAAUCCAACAGAGAGGCCUUCUAUGCCAAUGGUAAUACAAAUGCUUGAAGGUGAUUUACAGAGCUUGGAGAUUCCCCCAAAGCCCUUCGUUUCUUCAGAGGAUGAAAUGGAUGCAAAUUGAUAUAUUAAAGGGAAUUGUAAGAAUAUUCUCGUCCAAAUUGGCCAAGUAUAAAUAAGAUCUUCUAGUUCUUGUAAUCAUGAGGGCAUUUGAAAUAAGUGCAGAACAAGUUAAUAUAUUUUAAUGGUUAGAACUUUCUGUUUUAGUUUAUUCAAUAUGAUAUUUG